AUGGCCGCCAAGCUCUCCGCCGAUCUCCUCUUCCAGAUGGCUAAGGUCCGCCGCUCCAUCUACACCCUCAACAAGGACCUCCCCAUCUCGACCUCGCGCAUCCACGAGAUCGUCAAGGACGCCACCCUGCACACCCCGUCGUCCUUCAACUCCCAGACCAACCGCGCCGUCGUCCUCUUUGGCGGCGAGCACGAGAAGCUGUGGGACUUCACCUCGGAGACGCUCAAGGGCAUCGUCCCCGCCGAGAACUUCAAGGCCACCGCCGACAAGCUCGCGCUCUUCAAGGGCGCUGCCGGCACGGUGCUCUUCUUCGAGGACACCUCCGCCACAAAGGCUCUGCAGGACAAGUUUGCUCUGUACGCCGACCGCUUCCCUACCUGGGCUGUUCACUCGCUGGGCAUGGAGCAGCUGCUCGUCUGGACUGCUCUGGAGCUCGAGGGCCUGGGCGCCAAUCUGCAGCACUACAACCCUCUGAUUGACGACAAGGUUGCUGCCGCCUGGAAGAUCCCCGCCACUUGGAGACUGGAUGCUCAGCUUGUCUUUGGUGGCAAGACUGGCGAGGCUGGUCCCAAGGAGUUCCAGAACAUUGACGAGCGCGUCAAGGUCUAUGGUGCUUAA